AAGAAAUCACACAACUGCCAGAUGGUUUCGCCAUGGGUGCCUGCUCCGCCUGUGCCUCCAUCGCUUCCAUCCACUAACAUUUCUCCACCUUGUCAUUUCAGGUCAUGGGCCAGCGGCUGGCGGAAUCUGCGCUUGGGUUGCGAAGCCGUGGGUCAGAGAUCCAAGGUGUCUUGGGGACGCAUCAAACAUGCAAUGCACCGAUGCUUGCAGUCGGAUGUGUCAGCUCCUUGCGGCAUUUUGGACUUUGUCCAGCCACUGCAGUCUGAUCGCCAUGCUGUUGGCAUGAGUCUGGAACGUCGAGCACUGCAGGAGCUGUGCUCCAUGCUGGGGAGACCGGAACUUUGCCCAGCUCCAUUGCCACGGGGAGCGACGUCCGGCCAAGUCAAGCUAAGGACCUGGCAGGAGAUGAAUGAAGAAUGCUGGCUCGGCAGCAUUUCCACCAUGGUCGCUGCAUUUCUUGCUGCCGUCCAUGGAUUCCAUGGCUUUUGGCCACCAGAAGCAUCAAGUACGAGCAGGAAACCUUUGUUGCUAGCCCUCCGCAGAUAUUUGGCCAAGUCCUUGGGGCAAUUUCAGGUUCCCACUCUACAAGUCCUCCUGUCUGGCUGGCCCAUCUUCCAGCUGCUGCGAAGAUUCCCACUGCGAAGAUUCCCAGGGCCCACGCCCGAGAGCCGGGAACUGCAUCGCAGGGCAGGCCGAAUGUCUAAGACCAUCGGCAGAUGCUGGGCCCAAGAGGCCUGGCCGAACAGAUGGUCCUGCAGUUGUGAAGCAAUGAGACCAGUGGCAAAGGCUGCAUCAAGGACUUGGUUUCGGAAGAGUUCCUUGCUGGCCAUCAGCCACGGCUGUACGGCUGGUUCGUUGCACCGAGCACAACAAGCACUGCUCAAUCUACCAACACGCCUGCAAACUGGAGAGGCUACAGGGACCUCCUUGUCAGUUGAUAGAAGUUUACACAGCUCCUUGUGGCAUUUGGAUUUUCUGAUCCCCAGCAUCUUCGUAAAUGAAUGGCUGGGACACAUGGGUGCUGGCAGCGCCCUGGCAUGGCGUCAAAGCUUUGAACAGCAGCUUUUGACCCCGGGCACCACAGCAAUGCCCAAGGAAGCUACACUGGAGGGCUUGGCAUUUGCAACACUACUGGAAGAGUCGCACGAGGAAUUUGAUCAUUGGAGUCAGGCACUGGACGUGAUGUCCUGGAGUUUGCUUCAAUUUCAUUCAGCCACUGGAAACAAGAGGCUUGCAGUGCCACUGCUUGUUCUUUGCCCAUCAGAGAGGCCAUUGGCAAGCUUCCAGGACAGAUGGUUAGAGAGGGGAUUGGUCCCCGUUCAAGUACCACUUCUCCCAAUGGCACAUCAAGCUCCUGGCGGCUGGCGACGCUUGCACCUGUGGCGCUUGGUGGAGUUCCGCAGGAUCCUGUACUUGGAUACUGACAUCCUGGUGACUGGAAGUCUAUGGCACUUGCUUCAGCUUCCCGCAGCAGUUCACUUUGCAGCCUCUGGUUUGUGCUUGGACCACGAACAGAUUCGGCAUCAGAGGCUGAAUACUGGCGUUAUGGUCAUCACUCCUGAUCUGAGGAUCUUUGAUGCCAUGCGCACUUCGUUGGAAAUGGGGCUUUUGCACGAACACCCUGAAGUGCGGUUGCAAGGAUACUUGGACCAAGCUUGGGUGGAUCUCUUCUUCCGCUACAUCUCCAAGCAGCCCAGGGGAGGUACAAUUCCAGAGAAAUUGGAUCCAGGACUUCCGCAGAAUGCCUCCAUUUCGGAAGUCUGCCCACCUUUGUGGCCAGAAGAGCCUCGGGAAGUUCGAGAAGUUCCGGUGGAAACUAUGCCGGGAGCAAAGACUCUCGACAUCAACGUCUGCCUCCUGAAUCCUUCAAACAACUUCCUGGUGUCCUUCAAUGGCUUGAACACUUGCAGCGAUGAAGUCCUUGAAUUCUGCCUGAGUGGACUCGCGGUAGCAGAAUGUGUGGCAAAGCCUGGGAUUCGUGUGCUCCACUGGCCAGGUGGCGUUUGGAAACCCUGGCGGCACACGCACUUGUUAGGCCAAUCCGUAGCAGAUGAGCUAUGGUGGUUUGCCUUUCAGGAGGCAAGAAAGGUGCGCUGCUGUCCAUUUUUUUCCAUCAGCAAGGCAUCAUAG